CAAGCCUUGCAUUAUAUGGUUGUUUUGUUUUAGGUUUAUGCUUACAAGGUCUACGAUGCCGUAUGGACCGUGGCGAAGGCUUUACACAACAUGAAAGUCAAUAACGAGACACUCGCAGCACCUAAUGUAACGUGUAUCCAGUGUGAUCAAAACAAUAUAACAAAGUGGUCUGAUGGUAGAACUUUAUUUGAAAGAAUGAAGGCUGUAAGUUGACUUGUCAUGUGGCAAAUUGAUUGAUCUCAAUGAUCUGCUAAUCUGAUUUGCAAAACGAUACAUUAUAAAGGGUGGGCCAUUGCAUAUCCUGAUUUAUACACAGAGUUUAUAUCAGACGAACUAUCUUUUCUUUUACGAGCAUUGAUUCAAGACCACUCAACAGAAUAAUGUGGUUGUAUUUAUUUUUUAUCCUUUCUCAACAAGGUGUCUUUCGCUGGCGAGCUUCAUCCAGUUUCGUUUACGAAUGAAGGCAGCCUGCAGUUUCAAGGAUAUGACCUGGUUAAUCUUGGACAUCGUGGCUUUGAGAGGGUAAAUGAUGAAUUAAACUAAACUAACAUAAUUUGUACCUCUCCCUAGAGGUCCAGUAAGGAUCAUCUCUUAUUGAUCCAGUGUUACUACAGGAGGAAACCUAAACUAAACUAACUUUAUUUAUACUGGAUACCUCUAUCAGUUGUAAACUGUUCUUCCUAGAGGUCCAGUAAGGACCACCAUCUCUUAUUGAUCCAGUGUUACUACAGGAGGAAACUUAGAGUACCGGGAGAGAACUUGCAAUGUUUGGAGACAAAGUGAAUUUUUAAUGAUAAUUCUUUGCUAAUGUAUUCUUGAAAUUUCAGGUUGGUUAUUGGGACAGUUCAACUGGUUUAACGGUGAAUGUAUCUGAUAUCAGCUGGCUAGGAGAGGCUGAUGCCGCACCAGAAGCUUCAAGACAUUCAAUGAAAAAUAAAACUUUCCAGAUAGUUACGAUUCAGGUUAAUUAAUCUUACGUCCAAUGGCUCUAAAUUGUUCUUCCUAAAGGUCCAGCAAGGGAAUCUCUUAUAGACAAAUUUAGCUAACGUGAUUCACAACUUUGGAUAAUUUGUGUGCACAGUUACUACCAUUGUUCCAAUUGCUAGCAAAAAUGUGAACAAGCGUUAGCUAAAUUUGUUUAUUGGUCCCGUGUUGACACAGAAGGAAGCGUAGUUUAAACCUAGAGAAACCUUAGUUUUCUUCCUGUGGUAAUAUCGGGAAUAUGAUCGCUAGAAAGAAUAGUUUAAAACUGAGCUAUUCAGAAGAAAUAAAGUUGAAGUCUAAAAUCUUGAUACAAGUGUUAAAUUUAUUUUUAUUUUAUCACAGGAAGCUCCGUUUUCGAUGAAGAAAUAUGAUAACCACACUGGCAACGCGGCGUGGGAAGGGUUUUGUAUGGAUAUGUUGACAGAGCUUGCAGAGAGACUGGAGUUUAACUACGUUCUUCACGGCUCUUUUGAUGGAAACUUUGGUGGCAAGUCUGCUGAGACUCAGGAGUGGAAUGGCAUGGUCAGAGAGAUCGUUGAUGGGGUUAGUUGACAUGAGAUUUAGGGUGGAGGAGUUUGCCGGUCUGGAACGGCAGGAAGGAGGGAGAAAGAGGGAAAGGCAGAGAAGAAGAAGGGGAGGCUGGAGAGGGAGGGAGGAAUGAAGUAGGAGAGAGGGGGAGGCAGAAGGAGGGAAGGAAGGGGGAGGGAGAUUGGAGGGACGGAGGAUGGGGAAGGGAAGAGAGGAGAGAGGGAAAAGGAACGAGGAGGGAGGGUGGGGGGAGGGGGGGUAGAAGGGAGAAAGGAAGGAAGGAGGGAGGGAGAGAAGAGAGGAAGUGAGAGAGGGUGAUGGGGUGGGAGAAGAGAAGAAAGAAGAAAGGGAGAGAGAGAGGGGGAAAUGAAUGGAGGCAAGGAGUGAGGAAGAAAGAAACGACUAGAGGGGGAAAGAAGGAAGGAAAGACGACAGCAAGCAGGACGAAAUGACGUAUUAAAUCCUAUAAGAAGAACCUAGAAAUUAUCUAUGCAAAAGAGAACUAGAUUUCGAAUGUGAACAACGUCUUCAAAACCUUGCGGUGAAUAAAGAUUGUAAAUAAAUAAAUUCAAGAAACAGCAUAAUCACGCUCAUAAGCGACUUUAUAAGUAUUCCAACAAGAUCAACGUUUUUUUCUUAACAGAAAGCUGACAUGGCUGUGGCUGCGUUUACAAUCAGUUCAAUACGACAAGAAGUGAUCGACUUCAGCAUACCUUACAUUGACCUUGGUCUUACAGUCAUGAUGAAGAAGAAAGAAAGUGAGAAAGGACUUCUGGCCUUUAUGGAUCCCUUCACAAACGAUGUUUGGUUUCUGUUGUUCUGUAGUACCAUGUAUGUAGGUCUGUUGCUCACACUCUGCAGCAAGUUAAGCCCCUAUGGAUUCUAUGGUCAGGUCGUUCAAGCAAAUGAAAACGUGUUAGGUAAGCUUUGCUGUUUAUUUGCCACCAAAUGCAAGUUGGUUAUUGUUCUAAAACUUAUUCGGCAAAAUAUAAAAUAUGAUUUUGGUCUUCGUAAUAAAAUAAAUGAGUUGAGGAAAGCCAUAUUUAAGUCACCUCAUCGCGCUUUCAACAUCAUCUCAAACGUAAUUCAGCUGCAAAUUGUUAAAUAAUUGUCCUUAUUCAGGUGAAGAUGCAAUGGAUGAUCUUGAAGAAAACCAAGAAAACAUGAAUCUGGACGAAUCUACUUUCUUCUCCAUGGGAUCUCUUCUCGGCCAGGGCACAGAUAACCAACCCAAAGCUAUUUCAGGUUAGGGGAUUCCAGAUUUUCAUGUCAACGCUUCAUGCUUCCACAACAUAAACUUCCGUUUUUUUGCCACAACUCUGGAGCUUUGGUGCCACAGUGGUUGGCGCAUGCGCCUUUCAUCUCUGUGACUAGGUUUGGUUCCUACAAUAUUCGCUUACCUGAUUAUAAUUUCACCUCAGUCACGUGUGAGAAAAGUGCUUCAAGAUUAAUUUUACCAAACACUACAGCUUUUCUCUAGGUACUCUGGUUUCCUCCUGUAGUAACGCAACCAUUAAGGCCGCGUUUACACUAUGACGCUACAGCAAAUUUACCGUGGCGUAGUGAUUUGCAUUCGGAGUGCCAAAAGUAGUGGUCCGUAGUUAAUAAGCUACGGCAAACCACUCCGUUAUAGUGUAAACACAAUACUAAGAAACGUAGUGAAUUUUUAACGAAAUUAAUUUGUAUUCAGAGUGGCAAAUGUAGUGGGCCGUAGUUAGUACGUUACGGCAAACCACUCCGUUAUAGUGUAAACACAAUAUAGUCUCAAUACUAUAGAAACAUAAUAAAUUUGUGAGUGUUAGCCGUAGCGUCAUAGUGUAAACGCGGCCUAAGAAGUAUGGAGGUAGCCUCCGAGUACAUCCAGAAGCAAUAGCUCUAUCCAGUAUAAAUAAAGUGAGUUUAGCUUAAUUUUCAUCACCAACUAUCUUUAUUUUAGGCAAAGUUAUAGCGGCGGUGUGGUGGAUGACAGGCACGAUAUUUGUAGCGACAUACACAGCCAACCUCGCGGCAUUCUUGACCAUCAGUAAAUCUGGAAUCAAUAUCCGCUCUCUGGAGGACUUGGUGAACCAAAAUGAGAUCAAGUAUGGGACAGUCCAGUCAUCUCAACCAAGUCAGUUUUUUGAACAAUCUAACAUACCGCUGUACCAGAAAAUGUGGUCGCAUAUGCAAUCGGCUGAUACUCUGGUGGUAGGUUGCUUGCAAUGUACUGGGGCCAGUUGUUCAAAGCUGGGUUAGCGCUAACCCUGGGUUAAAAGUUAACCUGCUGUUUUAGUUUGUGUAUUUCUACACGUCUGUUUAUUUCAAAACUUCAGAGAAGAAAACUCCUAUCGAUCCAGACAAGAUCUCUGAAGAAAUAUUUCCAAAUUUAUAGACAAGCUGUGAGGAAGUUUGCUUGGAAUUUUAGGUUAACCUGAACAACCGGCCCAGUUGUCUGAUUAUAAUUAAUUUGAAAUCAGUCCCAUGUUGGUAGGAUACUUUCACAGAUAUUUUCUUUGUAUUCCAGUUGGCUCCUUUAAUAACACUGGACCAGUAAGGAAUGUGCCUUACUACAAGUCUAGAGCAGAUUAGGACUGAUAAAACUAUGUAUGGUAUUAAAUAAAGUUGGUUUAUUUUAAGUUUACUCCUAUGGUAACAGUGGAUCAAUAAGAGAUGAUCCUUACUUGAUCUUUGGGAAAAACAGUUUAGAACUGAUAGCGCUAUCCAGUAGAAAUAAAGUUAGUUUAGUUUAGGUUUCCUCCUGUAGUAACACUGGAUCAAUAAGACAUGAUCCUUGCUGGAUCUCUGCGAAAAACAGUUUAAAAUUUAUAGCGCUAACUAGUAUAAAUAAAAUUAAUUUAGGUUUCUUCCUGUAGUAACACAGGACCUUUGCUCUUUUUCAGGAAUCAUCAUCUGUCGCAUUUGAAAAAGUUCAAAAAGGUGACUACGCUUUCGUCUGGGAUUCGGCAAUUCUUGACUAUGCGAUAAACCAGAAACCUUGCAAUACAUUUAUUCUGAACGAUCUGUUCUCUCCUCUUGGCUACGGCAUCGGCUUGCCUUUGAACUCGCCUUACAAGGAUGUUAUCUCUGAGGAGAUAUUGAAACUACGCGAGAGUGGAUUCUUGGAUAAAUUGAAGAAUGAAUGGUUUGUACAUAAAGGUAAAUACGAUACAUUUGUUACGCAUGAACAGGCAUUCACGAACCCACCAAUUAAACUCUAUGAUCUGAAAAACAUAUCUCAAACGUGGUGGUUCAGUGUAGGUAGUAUUCUACAAUAAGUUUCUGUGGUUUGUGUCUGAACUGCCUGAAAAAGAUAUCUCAAACGUGGUGGUCCAGUGUAGGUAGUAUUCUACAAUAAGCUGUCGUGGUUUGUGUCUGAAUUACAUGAAAAAGAUAUCUCAAACGUGGUGGUUCAGUGUAGGUAGUAUUCUACAAUAAGUUGCUGUGGUUUGUGUCUGAACUACCUGAAAAAGAUAUCUCAAACGUGGUGGUCCAGUGUAGGUAGUAUUCUGCAAUAAGUUGCUGUGGUUUGUGUCUGAACUACCUGAAAAAGAUAUCUCAAACGUGGUGGUCCAGUAUAGGUAGUAUUCUACAAUAAGCUGCCGUGGUUUGUGUCUGAACUACUUCGAAAAAAUUGAAAACAUCUCAACAACUGGGGCAAAAUCUUCCUUCAGGAAGUCACCAUCCACCGAGAAACGUCUAACGCCUGUAUUCUAAAAGCUCACUCACACUCAAUGAGUGGAGGUUCAAUCUGAGCUUCCCUUGAGUGUCAAUGCUGUUUUUGAAUAGCUGGAGGGUGAGUAGUCGCAUAGUAAGGUACGACACUAACCCUCCAGCUAUUCAAAAACAGCAUUGACACUCAAGGGAAGCUUAGAUUGAACCUCCACUCUUUGAGUGUGAGUGAGCUUUUAGAAUACAGGCGUAAGUGUUUUUAAUCUUUUCAGGUAGUUCAAGCACAAACCACGACAACGGACAAUACUGACAAUGUGUGUGGUAGUUGAUGGAAUUGUUAAUUCUCUACACAUUUUCUUCUUAAAUUAGGUGUAUGUGGACAGAGCAAAGUGAAGACACCAUCAACAAUGGUGACGGUGGAAAUUAAAGAUGUUCUUGGCGUGUACAUGUUGGUUGGUGGAGGGGUUGUUCUCGGGUUUAUCUUUCUCUUGAUUGAGUGUCUUUACUUUACUAGAAGAUUGGUCAAACAUCCUAAUACGGUAAGCUGUAGUACCGCUCAGAGACGGCCUAGGAAUAUCGCAGUUAGUAUGUGCCUCGUAGCCUUGGAUCAAUUGCGGUCGACACCGCAACGAAACCGCAGCAUAGCCACAACUAAACCGUGACCGAAACGCGACAAGACUAAAUUACAGCGUAAUUAAGAACUUGACUGCAUCCGAGCCACAGAAUAGAGACAAACAAAAGCCCGACUUCUUGGUUUUUUCCUUUCAUUUUGGCGUAACCGCCCAUGGUCCUAGCCAAUGCUCUUAUGUUCAAAGAUGCUGUACAGUCCGAUCUGCGCAUGUGCAAGAAGGAGCCCUCGUUUUAUUAUACAAACAGUCUAUUUAGGUUUUUAUUUCAUUUUAUGUUCUUGCAAAGCUUGAUUGUUGUGUCUUGAUAAUUUAUCAUACUCUAGAAUCAUGAAAAUAUAAAUGGCUGUCGAAUAGAAUUCAAUAUUUUGGAUACUGAAAUGUAAACAAUGCCUUUGUUUACAUACGGACUGUACCGCAUCUUUAAAGAGAGGUUCAACGUCGAAUUUUGAUUAUGGUAUCCAGUAUCUGAUUUCCUUUCCAUUCCACUGUUGUGCAAAAUUUUACUUUUAUUAUAGGAAUAUCCGACAUACAAGCAAGCGUUUAAAGCAAGAUUGAAGUUAAUCUGGGCUGAUAUGAAGCUACGUUGGAUCUCCACAAGAACCAAGGCAAAUAAAUGUUAGAUUUCAACGACUUUUGUGCAUUUCAUUUAUAGCCACUUGCACUGCCAUACUGCAAUACUGUUGCUUGUAACUGUUUAUAAACUGGACCAACUUUGUAAAAAUAUAAAAUAAACUUAUAAAUUCCUUGUAAUUUUGCAUGCUGGUAAAUAUGUAAUUGUUUUUGUGGAAAUAAAUGUGAAAGUAAACCAAUAAACGUGCUGUUUGUGCA